AGUCAGGCUUUUAAAAAAAAAAAGAAAAAGAGAAAAAAAACCUGAGUUUUGUGGGGACAGUGGAAGUGGGUUUUCUCCAAAAUGUAUGAUUUUUAAGGAAGGAUGGGAUUUUGGGUUUUUAAGUUCAGGAAUUUGUUGAUGAAAAACCUGAGUUUUGAGGGGGAAAAUGGUAUUGGGUUUUCUCCAAAACGCUUGAUUUCUUAGGAAUAAUGGGUUUUGGGUAUUGAAGUUUAGCUCUCCCUUGAAGAAAAACUUGAUUUUUGGGGGGAAAAGGUAGUUGGUUUUUCAGGAUUUUGGGUUUUGUGGUUCAUGCCUUUGGUAAAAACUAUUCUCUGGUUUGUAGAAAGAGAAUAAUGUGGGUUUUGUUAUUCAGGCCUUGUUUGUCUAAUGUCAGUCUUUUACAAGAAGAGAAGUUAGUUUUCAGUUGAAAUUGUGAUUGUCAUGAGCAGAGUUUUGGUUCUGUAAUCAGCCGAUGUUUUCCUUCCUUCCCAUUACUGUUUUCCGAGUUUCGACUGCAUGGUGAUCUUGCAGACUCCAUUACAAAAGGGCUUGCAGUAUUUCCUUCAAAUGAAAAGAUUACUCUGCUGGAAGUUCAUGGCUUUAUUCAGCUGGUUUUCUCAUUUGCUUGUUGUCUUUCUAUUGAGAAAUCAGCUUGCGGCUGCUCACCAUGAUGAUAAUUCAACCAUGCUAGCUCUUCAGAAGGAGCUGGUUGGAUUCAGCUGGGACGCCAACAACUUAGAUUACUGCUCGUGGGCUGGUGUACGCUGCAAUUCGAACCGGUCAGUCGAAAGGCUCGAGCUCUCCCGUUGUGAUCUCCGAGGUAACAUCUCGCUAAUUUCCAAUCUCAAAGAUUUGAAGUGGGUAGACCUUUCUUAUAAUAACUUUCAUGGGCCUAUCCCUUCUGCUUUCGGAAAUUUAACCAUGCUCGAGUUUCUUGAUUUGUCUUGGAACAAGUUCGAAAGCUCGAUUCCUUCUCAAUUGGGGAGUCUCAGAAACCUCCAAUCUUUAAACCUCUCUAACAACCUGCUCUCAAGCAAUAUACCCGAUGAAUUGCAUGGUCUAGAAAGCUUGCAAGAUCUUCAGAUGUCUGGAAAUAAAUUGAAUGGGUCUAUCCCCUUUUGGGUUGGCAAUUUAACCACCUUGAGAGUCUUUGCUGCCUAUGAGAAUUUCUUAAGCGGCAGGAUUCCUGAAAAUCUAGGCUCCGUUUCUGAGCUCCAAAUGUUGAAUCUUCACUCGAACCAGCUAGAAGGACCCAUCCCAGACAGCAUUUUCGAUUCUGGAGAGCUGGAAGUUCUUGUAUUGACACAGAAUGAGUUGAAUGGGAGUCUUCCGGAGUCGGUCGGGAAAUGUAGAGGCCUUUCGAAUCUGCGGAUCGGGAACAACAAGCUUGUAGGAAGUAUUCCUGUAGCCAUCGGCAAUCUCAGUAGCCUAAUGUACUUUGAAGCAAAUAGCAACCUCCUCUCGGGUGAGAUCAUUGCAGAGUUGGUGCAAUGCUAUAACCUCAUCCUCUUGAAUUUAGCCUCAAAUAGGUUGACAGGAACUGUUCCUCCUGAGCUUGGAGAGCUCAUGAAUCUUCAGGAAUUGAUUGUUUCAGGCAAUAGUCUUGUUGGGGACAUCCCAAAAUCUCUUUUUAAGUGCAAGAACCUCAGCAAGAUCGAUCUAAGUGAUAAUAGAUUCAACGGUAGCAUUCCCAAAGACAUUUGCAACACGUCGAGAUUGCAAUUUCUGAAUCUGGGUCAGAAUCUGAUAAGAGGUAGGAUACCGAAAGAGAUCGGUAACUGUAUAAGGUUGCUCGAAUUGCAAAUGGGCGGAAACCAUCUGACCGGUAAUAUCCCGCCCGAGAUUGGUCUGAUAAAGAACUUGCAGGUAGCUCUGAAUCUGAGCUUCAAUCAUCUUCAUGGGCUGAUACCCCAUGAGUUGGGGAAACUUGACAAGUUGGUUUCAUUGGAUGUAUCGAACAAUCGGCUCACUGGGACCAUUCCGUCAGAACUUAAGGGCAUGAUCAGCUUGAUAGAUGUUGACUUUUCAAAUAAUCUGCUCAGGGGCCAGAUACCGACUUUUGGGCCAUUCCAAAAGAGUCCGAAUUCAAGUUUUUCAGGCAAUAAGGGGCUCUGCGGAGAUCCGUUGAGCUCCUCCUGUGAGAGUUCUUCGCGUUCCAAUCGUGGGGCUGACCACCACAAUGUUUCAUACAAGAUUAUAUUAGCUGUUGUGGGUUCUGUUCUGAUGGUUUUCGCUGUGGUGGCCAUCGUCAUUGUUCUGUUUAUGAUGAGAGAAAAGCGAGAAAUGGUCACCAAAGAUCCCGGCGUUGUGGUAGAUGGAGCUGUAAGUCCUCCGUCAAUAGUAGCAAGCAAUGUCUUUGUUGAAAAUUUGAAACAAGCCAUCGAUUUUGAAAGUGCUGUGAAAGCAACUCUGAAUGAUUCAAAUAAGCUAUGUGUUGGAACUUUCAGUACUGUUUAUAAGGCCGUUAUGCCGUCUGGACUGAUUCUUUCCGUGAAGAGGCUGAAAUCCAUGGAUCGAACAAUAAUACAUCACCAGAAUAAAAUGAUCAGAGAGCUUGAACGGCUAGGGAAUCUCUGCCACGGUAAUCUGAUGAGGUUGAUUGGUUUUGUGAUCUGUGAAGAUGUUGUUCUCUUGCUGCAUUCCUACUUUCCAAAUGGAACGUUAGCUCAGCUCCUCCAUGAUCGUGGUCAAGCUGAAUCCGAACCGGACUGGCCAAGAAGACUCUCCAUUGCUAUCGGAGUAGCCGAAGGAUUGGCUUUCCUCCACCAUGUUGCAGUUAUCCAUCUCGAUAUUUCUUCAGGUAAUGUGAUCUUGGAUGCUGAUUUCAACCCAUUGGUUGGGGAGAUUGAGAUAUCGAAGCUCUUGGAUCCGUCAAGAGGCACAGCGAGCAUCAGCGCGGUUGCAGGCUCAUUUGGGUACAUCCCCCCAGAAUAUGCAUACACAAUGCAAGUUACGGUACCGGGAAAUGUUUAUAGCUUUGGAGUUGUGUUGCUUGAGAUCCUUACGUCCCGGUUGCCAAUCGAGGAGGCCUUUGGUGAAGGGAUGGAUCUGGUGAAAUGGGUCCACACGGCACCAUCGAGAGAGGAGACCCCGGAGCAGAUACUAGACUCAAGGCUAAGCACCGUCUCGUUCACAUGGAGGAAACAGAUGCUUGCGGUUCUGAAGGUGGCCUUGCUUUGCACUGAUACCUUACCAGCCAAACGCCCCAAAAUGAAGAAAGUGGUUGAAAUGCUCAUAGAAGUAAAUGAAGCCUGAUGGUGGUGUUUAAAUUGUUUCUGCUAAUUUUGAAUCUAUGGGUUCAUCGGUAUGACAGUUACUAAGUUCUGAUCCCGUUUGGGCAUUGAGCUUAUGCUAUAUGAAUUCUAGGUUGAUAUCUCCAGAUAAAAUUAGGGGUGCCAAUUAUCAGGUUCGGAAAGAUUUUGAACUACUGUUGUUGGGUGUAUUCAAAAUUCAUCGUUUGUUCAGUGUUCCGGGCACGACCCACUUCCAGCCUUA